UCAUAUUCAAGUAUCCAUUAUAAAUAUUGAAUUUUAGUGGACUUAAUGGUUUAGUUUAUUAACGGAAUUCAACGAUCGUGGAAGUGCGAAACUGUGGAAUAAAAAUAGUGGGAACAGUUGUGCGAUUCGAGUCUCGGCUUUCUUGAUUAUUGGAUUACGUUAAUUUGCAAUUACUAAUAAAGUAUUGCAAAUAUUUAAAUAAAAUACAAAAAAAAAAGUUUUACUAGGAGUCUAUUAAUACAUAAAACAGCAAAAUGGAGGAUGACGAGAAAAUGGACAUUAUGCGUCGCGCUUUUCAAAUGUUCGACACACAAAAAUCUGGCUUCAUUGAAACAUUGCGGUUGAAGACCAUAUUGAAUAGUAUGGGUCAAAUGUUUGAGGAGAGCGAGUUACAAGAACUUAUUGAUGAAAAUGAUCCAGAAAAUACUGGCAAAGUAAAUUUUGAUGGUUUUUGUAAUAUCGCGGCGCAUUUUCUGGAGGAAGAAGAUGCUGAGGCUAUACAAAAAGAAUUGAAGGAAGCUUUCCGUUUAUAUGAUCGUGAAGGCAAUGGUUAUAUCACGACAUCAACUUUAAAGGAAAUUCUUGCUGCCUUAGAUGAUAAGUUAUCUUCGAGCGAUUUGGAUGGCAUCAUUGCAGAAAUCGAUACCGAUGGAUCUGGUACCGUUGAUUUUGAUGAAUUCAUGGAAAUGAUGACUGGUGAUUAGAGCUGUUCUGAUGUUCUAAUAUCGAAAAAUGUUGCAGUUGUAGUA